CGCUAAGCGCUGCGUCCAUUAUCCAUGAACUUAUAAUGAUGCAUCAAAAGAUCUGUCUUCUGUCACUGAUAAACCCUACGAUCGUCUUCUCUUCUCAUCUUUGAUCUGGCCGCUUUUUAAUCUCAGGCUCUGUUUGCAGAUGGAGAUCGCUUCGUUAAUUUUACAAGAAUCUUCAAAGAUUAGGAUUAGUUUGAGAUUGAUUAGUUUGAUUUUGAGUUUGAGUUCGAGUUUGUUCACAUUUAUUAAAAGAAAUCAUAUCUUCAGUAGGCUUAUCUUGUAAAUCAAUCUGUGUAUAUACACACGGGAUUCAUUGUUUCCGUCUUCCUCGUUUCUGUUAACAACGUGGUAUUCCUUGGCCAAUUUGCUGGAAAUUAUAUAUUGUGCCUUGGGGGCAUGGCUAUUACUUUGGGGCGUCUAAGUAUCCCAGGAGAAGGGGGGAAAUCUCUGCUGGCAGAGCUGUAACAGAGGCUGCGAGAAGCAACUGACAACUGAUCACUAGCAUGGAACAGCCCCUGCCGGACCUGCCCGAUGAAAUGAUCACCGAGAUAAUGAGCUGGUUGCCGCCAGAGAGCUUGAUUAGGUUCAAGAGUGUCUCCAAGAAAUGGUUUUCCAUGAUUCAGGAUCGACGAUUCAUUGAGAAGCAUAUGAGCAGAAGCAAUUAUAUUCAGCAGUUUGCCAAAGAAGAAGAAGAAGAAAAUCCUGGAAUAGGUGGGGGGACUAAAGAAGCAUUCUCAAUCUGGAAUACUUGCCAUGGCUUGUUGCUAGAGCGGAGCAAUUUGACCAAGAAGUUUCGUAUAAGAAAUCCUGCGACUAGACAAGUACUCGACUUGCCUGAUCAUCGCCCUUGGAUGAUAAUAAUGGAGUUGUAUUUUGUUCCAUCCGCUUGUGAUUAUAGAGUGGCCUCCAUCUAUAGUGAUGUAGAACGGGAUGGAUAUGUUUUCUGUGAAGUCCUUUCUCUCGGAAGCAAAGAUAAAGAUUGGAGACUCCUCGAAGUUGGUCCUUUGCGAGAUCUAAUUAAGAGGGGCCAAAAGGGUUGGAUUUUGUCGAUGAAUGGGGUCAUCUACUUCAUUGCAACUGGGGAGGAUGGCUUCUGGGAUUCGGGAAUGCUUUGCCUUGACAUGGUAAAUGAAGCCUUUACGAGAGUAAAUGUGCCGCGGCGUCUCUUUCCAUCGUGGAAAAUGGUUAAAUUCUUCGACUGGGAUCAUAAACCUUCGGUUGCCAGUAUAGUGGAAGAUAGGCUCAUCAUCUGGGUGUUGGAAGAUGUCAGGAAUCAAAUAUGGGCCAAGAACAAGAUUGUCGUCCCCAUGAAUUUUAUGAAAGAAAAUCCAGCAAUGAAGAAUUUCAAGCCCUUUGCUGCUUGCGAUGGAAACUUGUGGCUUUAUGGGUGGAAUCAUAGGAUGAUUUGCUACGAUAUUGCCUUUCAGACUAUCCGUGAUUUGUCAUCUCUGCGGAAGAAGUGUUUGUACGUCUAUAAACAAACCUUGGUUACUCUACAAGGAAUGAGAACUGAAGAAGAACAGCCUAGAGAAGAUCUCCCAAGCUACACCUUUCCCACUUUGUAGUUUUUGGUUCAGAUGCCAUCAACUUCUUACUUUUCUAUUCGGUACGUAGUUUUUGUUUCAGAUACUAUUGGUAGGAUUGCAGCAUGGUUUGCUCGAAUUGAUCAUCAAUCUGAAGCAAAGCUUACAAUUACACAAACAGUUCAGUAGAUUGGGUAUUUGAGGGUGGUUACAGUCUCUGCAUACAGUACCUGAGCUGAACAGAAGAAAUAAAAAAACAGUGGGCCAUCGCCUCCUGCAUUUUCUCCUGGUCGGUGUGCUUCUUUGGUUUUCCUGUUUAGGAAUGGCAACGGCUGCCAAUUCCAAUAUAUAAAAAUAUAUAUAUUCUCCAAAUGGGGCGGGCGUAGGAUCCUCCAGCCCAACCCCACCUCAACUCAAACACAUAUUUUUAAAUAGUUUUCAUUUUAUUAUAUGUACAUAUAAUUUGGUUUUUUCUUUUGUUAAAGACAUAAUUUUGUUUCUCCAUCUAGAUAUA